ACCAAACAAAACCUAAAUCCUUAUACCCUCGUUCAAUCUCUGGUGAUUCUCAUUAUACGUGGAACGACAAUUCUCACCGAACAACCCUUAUACAAGGCCCAGUCAUCAACUCCAUAGAUUAUUUUGAUUUUGUCGAAGUUGCCGACCCAUCGACGAAGAAAACAGUUGAAAACACUCCCUAAGUUUGAUUCCAAAAUAGAGUUGUGUACAUUGCUAGAAGAUGCUUCCACGCAAAGAGGUCGCUCGCGCCCUCGUGGACGACAUCAAGUAAGUUCACAUACUCAAAAUAUGUGCAAUAUUAAGUUUGUGAAUCUUCUAUUUAUAAUAUUCAUCGUAUGAUUUCAUAUAGAAUGACCAUUGUCUUGACUAAGUAAUAAAACACUUAAUUGGAAAUGUUCAUUACGUUAACUGGAAAUGCUAAAUUUAGGCGAGACAGAAAAUUCAGGAGAAUAUAAGUGAGAUAAUUUGCAUCAUUAAGUUCAUUGGAGAUACUAUUUGUAGCACAAGAUACUACAACAAGUGUUCUUACUUGGAUACUCAAGUACCUUCAUGAUGACCAGAAACUUCUGGAAGCAAUAAAAAAGCAAAACAAAUGGCAGUAUAUGAAACCAAUGAUGCAGAGAAGAUUCCAUUGACAUGGAGUCAGAUAAAAAAUAUGCCACUUAUUCAUAGGGUAUGGUAUAUUAUAAUAACUAUAUAUGCAUGGUAAAUGCUAUGCAAAAAAAUACUCCAUUUAAUUGGAAAGCAACUAAAUUCAUGUACCAAUUCAUGAAUACAUUUCUCAACAGUAUAUAUUAAGGAUGCCAAGUAUUAUAUCAUUUAUUUUUAGAGAAGCUGUGGUUGAUGUGGGAUACAAAGGUAAGUGUUUUACACGACAAAUCUUUUGUACAUUUAUAGGAAAUUUCAUUUUCAAGAGCUAUUACUAUUUCCUACAUGCAUGAUUAAUUUCUAAAAUGUUCUUUUAUGCAACUAUUAUGCCCAUGUUAAAGUCAUUUGAGUUCUGUUUAGUGUCAGGUUUGGUCGAAUCUGUGUUACUAACACACAAUCAAAGCACCAAGGAACUCUAAAGACAUCCAAAUGAGCUGAAUGUAAAGAUUUUGUCCGAUUUUCAAUUCGAAGAUAUAAAUAUUACACCCAUUCAAGAGUCUUAUACCCCAAAGCCAAAGCCAAAGCCACACUUCUUUCUGUCUGAUACUCCCCCUGCCCCCCAAAAAAGAAAGUAGGCUGCUGUAUCUUCAACCAAUUACUUGUUACUCUUAGAAAGGGGUUUCCAUAUCUGUUUAUAGUGUCCUAAGAGUGGCAUGCCUUCUGCCUUAUAAUGCAAGUCUCGUUUAACUCAGGUAUUAAGAUCAUUCAAAGAAAAGGAAGCUAAGAUCACCUGCAAAAAAGAAAGAAGGAAGAGAAAAGCGCUUUAAGUUCACCAACCAACCAUGAACAUAUUAGAUGCUUUGUUAGGAACAACCAAUGUAGCAUUCUUCUAUAUGAUUUUGAUGUGGGUUUUAUUCAAUAGUUUGAGACUAAGCCAACGUAACAAUAAUUUACAUUUUAAACACAAACCAACCUUUUUCGCUUCAAUCACUGUCUUGUUCAAUGGUGUUAUGUCUGUUUUGAACGUAGCUUCUGUUUUCUAUGAUUACAGUUACACCACUAAUGGAGUCAUAGGAUAUAACUCUGUUUCAUUGUCUUUGACUUGGGUUUUAGCAACAUUGGUUUCAUACUAUUCAAUGAAGAAAAUACUUGGGGAGAGUAAAAGGUUUCCUCUUGUUCUAAUUCUUUGGUGGGUCUUCGCUUUUAUCAUUGAUAUCAUCUCACUGUCAUUAAAACUAGUAAAAAUAUCAGAAUCCAUGAAUUUAGUUGAUGUAGUUUCUUUGCCUGUGUUGUUACUUCUAUGUAUCAAUGCAGUUCCUAAUGUGUGUACAAGGGAACAAAGUGAAAUAGAACAAAGGUUACUUGAAGAGGAGUUUGAAUCUUCCACUUUGGGAGGAGAAAAUGAUAAAGAGGCUUUUACAAGAGCUAGUAUUUGGAGCCUCCUCACAUUUACAUGGUUGAAUCCCAUUUUUGAAACUGGUCGAGUUCAGAAGCUUCGACAUGUUCAUGUUCCUUAUAUUCCUCACUGUGAAACUGCUGCUAUUGCUUCUUCUAUGUUGGAAGAAUCCAUUCAUAAACAGAAAGUUAAAGGUGGAUCCUUGGCAAAAGCUAUUAUCCUCCCUAUUUGGAAAUCCUUGGCCUUCAAUGCAGUUUUAGCAGGUGUUAAUACUAUUGCAUCCUAUAUUGGUCCCUUGUUGAUAUCAAACUUUGUAAGUUUUUUAUUAUCCAACAAUGAUAAUUCAAGCAACCAAUAUGGAUUGAUUAUUGCCACAAUUCUCUUCCUCUCAAAAACGGUGGAGUCAGUGACUCAGAGACAAUGGUACUUCGGUGCUCAAAGAAUCGGAAUUCGAGUCCGUGCAGGUCUCACAUCUCAAGUUUAUAGCAAGUCUCUAAUGGUCAAUUGUGGUGGACCAACAGAUGGGAACGUCACGAAUUUGAUUAACGUGGAUAUCGAAAGAGUUGGAGACUUUUUCAAUUACAUUCAUGGACUUUGGCUGAUUCCACUUCAGACAAUUUUAGCCUUGGCCAUCUUGUGCAUAAAUCUGGGUUGGAUACCUUCCCUUGCUGCCUUUUUUGUCACAACUUUGGUCAUGGUGUGUAACACACCUUUGGCAACCAUGCAAAAAGGCUUCAACUCCAAGAUUAUGGAUGCUACAGAUGCAAGAAUGAAAAUGACAUCAGAGACAAUGAAGAACAUGCGAAUUUUGAAGUUGCACUCAUGGGAGUUAACAUUUAUGCAAAAACUCCUCCAACUUAGGGACACUGAAAUGAACUGGGUGCUGAAAUACUUCCAUGCAAGUUCAGCAGUAGCCACUCUUUUCUGGACAACCCCGACUUUGGUUUCUGUUAUCACAUUUGGGGCAUGUAUAUUGGUGAAGACUGAACUAACCGCACCAACAGUCCUCUCAGCUCUUGCAACAUUCCGCAUUCUACAAGAACCAAUUUACAAUAUGCCUGAGCUUAUAUCCAUGAUUACUCAAACCAAAUUAUCAGUUCAUCGAAUCCACAAGUUAAUACAAGUAGAAGAUCAAAAUCAAUCCAGUAAUAGGCAUGCCUUCGAAUCUUCAACAAUUUCUAUUGAAAUUAAGCCAGCAGGAUAUGCAUGGGAAGCUAAUGAUCACACAACAACCAAGAGAUCAACAAUUACAAUUACAAUUACAAUUACAAAACCAUUUAUGAUAAAUAAAGGUCAAAAGGUAGCAGUUUGUGGAUCAGUAGGGUCCGGAAAAUCAAGUUUGCUUCUCAGUAUGCUUGGUGAGAUUCCAUUGGUUUCUGGGGAAGCAGCCCAAGUGUAUGGAACCAGAAGCUAUGUGCCUCAGAGUCCAUGGAUCCAAUCAGGAACUGUGAGAGAAAACAUACUCUUUGGAAAGAAAAUGGAUAAAUUCUUGUAUGAAAAUGUCCUGGAUGGUUGUGCAUUGCAACAGGAUAUCAGAAUAUGGAGUCCAUGCGGAGAUUUGACCGAUGUGGAGGAGAGGGGCAUCAACUUAAGUGGAGGGCAGAAACAGCGAAUUCAACUGGCAAGGGCGGUUUACAACGACUCAGAUAUUUAUUUCCUUGACGAUCCUUUUAGUGCUGUUGAUGCUCAUACCGGAAGUCAUUUGUUUAAGGAAUGUCUUCUGAAACUGUUGUCUGAUAAAACAGUUGUUUAUGCCACACAUCAAAUGGAAUUCUUGGAAGCCGCGGAUGUAAUUUUGGUUAUGAAAGACGGACAAAUAGUAGAGUCGGGAAGCUAUAGAGAUCUCAUAGCAUGUCCUAAUAGCAAACUUGUCCAACUAAUGAUGGCUCAUAACGAAACAUUAAAACAAAUUCCAUCCCAAGAAGACAAUGAUUCUGUUAGCUGCGGCAGCAGACUCAACCCAAAAAUUCUAAUUAAAAUUCCUGAAGAGAAUAUUCAGAAGAUUACCAUGGAUGGGAAGAAAACCAGAGAAGAGGAAGCAAUGAAUGGUCGAGUAAAAUGGAGUGUUUACUCAACCUUUGUCACAUUGGCUUACAAAGGUGCACUAGUUCCGAUUAUUCUCCUCUGUCAAGUACUCUUUCAAGCUAUGCAGAUGGGCAGCAGCUAUUGGAUAUCUUGGGCUACAGAACAAAGGGGUAGGGUCAACAAUGGACGGCUUAUAGGAAUAUUUGCCCUUCUGUCCGGUGGGAGCUCCAUCUUCAUGCUUGGAAGGACUGUUUUAAUGACAAUAGUUUCGACCGAGACAGCUAGACACCUUUAUCAUGGAAUGACCAAAUCAGUUUUCAGGGCACCUAUUUCCUUUUUUGAUAACACACCUUCAAGCCGAAUUCUAAGUAGGUCAUCUACAGAUCAAACAAGGGCAGAUACUGAUAUUCCAUACAGAUUAGCUGGACUAGUCUUUGCACUUAUCCAGUUAUUUUGUGUCAUUGUCUUAAUGUCUCAGGCCGCAUGGCAAGUCCUUCUUCUCUUUUUUGUGGUUUUUUCUAUCUCCAUCUGGUAUCAGGCUUAUUACACAACUACAGCCAGGGAAUUGGCCAGGAUGGUAGGGAUUCAAAAGACACCAAUCUUGCAUCACUUCACUGAAUCAAUUGCUGGAGCUACCACAAUCCGGUGUUUCAAUCAAGAGAAAAUAUUCUUGACCAAGGCUAUGUCUUUAAUUGAUGAUUAUUCUCGUGUAGCCUUUCACAACUGUGCCACCAUGGAAUGGUUGUCAGUCAGAAUUAAUUUUCUCUUUAAUUUGGUUUUCUAUUUUGUUCUCGUCAUCUUGGUUUCUUUGCCAAAGUCUUCCACCAAUCCCAGUCUGGCAGGUCUUAUAGCUACUUAUGGUUUGAGCCUGAAUGUGCUUCAAGCUUGGGUGAUAUGGAACCUUUGUAACGUAGAGAAUAAGAUGAUAUCAAUAGAGAGAAUAUUACAAUUUUCUAAUAUACCAUCUGAAGCACCAAUAGUUAUUGAAGAUUGUAGGCCUGCACCAGAGUGGCCUAGUGAAGGAAAAAUCGAACUCCACAACCUACAUAUACAGUAUAAUCCUGCUGCCCCCAUGGUUCUCAAAGGUGUCACUUGUGUGUUCCAAGGACAUAACAAAAUUGGAAUAGUAGGCAGGACUGGGAGUGGAAAAUCAACUCUGGUGCAUGCUCUCUUUCGGGUGGUGGAGCCUAUAGAAGGACGCAUUAUGAUUGAUGGUUUAAAUAUUUCCAAGAUUGGUCUGCAUGACUUAAGGUCCAGACUUGGAAUAAUUCCUCAAGAGCCGACCUUGUUUUUAGGCACCGUAAGGACUAACUUGGACCCUUUGGAAGAACAAACAGAUGAACAACUUUGGGAGGUUCUCCGUAAGUGCCAUCUUGCUGAAAUAGUUAACCAAGAUCCAAGGCUUCUUGAUGCACCAGUGGCUGAAAAUGGAGAAAAUUGGAGCGUUGGACAGCGACAACUAGUUUGCCUUGCUAGAUUAUUGCUGAAGAAAAGAAGAAUUUUAGUCCUAGACGAGGCAACCGCAUCCAUAGACACUGCAACUGAUAGUUUAAUUCAGAAAACUAUUAGGGAAGAAACGAGUGGAUGCACCGUCAUUACAGUAGCACACAGAAUUCCAACCGUCAUUGAUAAUGAUAUGGUUUUAGUCCUCAAUGAAGGUAGAAUUUUGGAGUACGAUAACCCAGCUCGUUUGUUGCGGGACCAAUCUUCUUCGUUCUCAAAGUUGGUGUCAGAAUUUUCAAGGAGAUCAUCCCAAUUCCAAAGUUAAAUUUGCCAAGAAUGAGGACAGAAAGGAAGGAUAACAUAGCAUAGCAGACCAACUAUUGUGCAUAAGAAUUCCCAGACUCAUUACACUAACAUGAAGGUUCAUAUAGUGAUUGUUUCCAUAGUAUGGUUUCAUUCAAAUUAUUGAAUGAGGCCUCAAAUGAACUCAAUUGUAUUAUUCCAUUAUAAAUUCUUUUGGAGGUUAAAUCUUAUAUAGCAGCAUUCUUUUAUCUCU